AUGGCAGCAACAGCCUACCCCCCUCCAGCCCCCUCGUCCGCCCUCGAGCCCAAAAAGGUCGUCAUCGUCGGGUCCGCCGGGUGCGGGAAGUCCGCUCUAGUCCAACGGGCGCUGACGAACACCUACUCAAACCACUACCAACAAACCUUUGGAGCGGAUCUGAGUGUCAAGACGACCACCGAGAAGAACAAGUAUUCGUUGAACCUCUGGUGCUGCGGCGGACAUGAGCGAUACCGGGCGCUUUUGGAGCAGUUUUUCGUUGGAGCUAACGCAGUGAUCCUCUGCUUCGACAUGCUCAACACGUCCUCGUUCAUGGAGCUGCCGUUCUGGUACAACGAAUACAAACGCAAUUGCCCGGACGCGCUCGCCGUCAUCGUCGGCACCAAGUCAGAUGACGCAGACGCGAUAAAAGUCCCAACCCAAGACGCGCUCAAGCAGGCCAAAGAAUGGAGCAUCGAGUUCCGCGCCGUGUCGGCAAAGACGGGGAUGAACGUCGCGGAGCUGUUUGAAAUUGUUCAGGGUGGGAUUCCUUGA